AUGCUUUCCCUGAGCGUCCUGGAGGCUGACGGUCAAGUCAAAGGCGUGGAACUGGAGGAUCGUCUGGAACUGCUCUUACUUCUAAACUCUGUAUCCCAGCAGCCGUGUGCAGAGGGUGAAAUUGUGACUCUGGCCAAGACUGCCGAGAGCAGGAGGGUUCUGCUGAAGCAGCGUGUUCUGCUCAAGGCCCGGCUCGGCGAGUCUCUUCUGCCGGACAUGCAGCGGCUCCCCGACGAGGGACGGAUGUGGAGGCGCGCGGCUCUCUGCGCUGAAGACGGACCUCAGCGGCUCGCCUGCUAUCAGAGCGCCGUCACGGCUCUGCAGGCCGCGUGUCCUCAGUCUCCGGGCGGUCGGUGGCAGGAGGUGGACGUUCUGCUGGAGUUUGCCGAGUGGCUGUAUUUGACUCACUUUCCUGCGAGCGACGUGCAGGUCCUGAUCGAGCGGGCCGUGGACCUGCUGCUGCUCACGGACGAGGAGCGUGUUGCGGUGUGUGUGUGUGAAGUGCGUCCGGUCGGCCGCCUGGAGCGUCUGGUGCGCUCACACACACUGCUGGCUCUCACCGAGGACCGCUCAUCUCUCAAACACCAGCAGCAUCUGCUGACCGCCUACAGCUUCACGCUGCACAUCUGGAGGGUAUCUAUGGCGACCGCACAGGAAGUGAUGAAUGAUUGGACGGAAGGUCAAGACGUGAGAUCGGCCAGCUCCAGAAAAGACAAGGAGAGAGCAGACGACAAGAAGAACAAACAGCCGUCUCCGUUGAGGACAAAGGCCGAGUUAAAGCAGCAGACGCGCUGCCUUCCCAUCAGCCCCGAGCAGUGGGCUCAGUUCCAGUGUCCUGAAGAGGUCCGGCGGGCCUUUCUCUCGGACGCCGGUCCGUACAGCAUCAACAGCACAUCCAUCAGAGCACAGAGCCGAACUCUGUUUUAUUUGGAUCUGUUGGUGAAAGAGCUGGAGUCGUUCUCCUUGACCCCGCUGACCUUUGCCCCUCUCCACCUGGCAGAGGUCAUCGCCGGUGACCUCACGCGGAGCAGGAGUCAGUCUGACCUCUACCGCCUCAGGAUCAUCAGGAACUCGGCCGAUCUGGGGUUCCUGUCUCCGUUCUCCGGCAGCUGCUGA